AUGGCGUUAAAAAGAAUAACAAAGGAAUUGCAAGACUUGAACAAGGACCCCCCAACGAAUUGCUCGGCGGGCCCAAUAGGAGAUGACCUUUUUUUUUGGCAAGCAACAAUUAUGGGACCGGGGGAUAGUCCCUAUGAAAACGGUGUAUACUUUUUGAACAUCAAGUUUCCUCCUGACUAUCCUUUCAAGCCACCAAAAAUAAUUUUUACCACGAAAAUUUACCAUCCCAAUAUAAACACGGCAGGAGCUAUAUGCCUCGACAUUUUAAAAGAUCAGUGGAGCCCUGCCCUAACCAUAUCAAAAGUAUUACUGUCCAUCUCGUCAUUGUUAACGGAUCCCAAUGCAGACGAUCCCCUAGUACCGGAAAUAGCGCAUGUAUACAAAACAGACAGAACAAAAUAUCAUCAAACUGCGAAGGCAUGGACCCAGAAAUACGCACAAUGA